AUCACAAUUUAUCUCUAUCACGAAUCAAACAUACCACCAACUCAUUAGUAGGCGUAUGAUUUGCCACCACUCUGGAAUGUAUCAUGGCACACUCUUUUGUAGUGUCCCAUCUGCAAUCUUUCCUCGGCGCUCUUUAAUACGAUUUCCUUCAAUCCACUCCAAAUAUUUGUUUCGCCGGAAUCGCAGCAUGGAUUCAAAUGAUGCAACGAACGGAAAAGAUAGGCUGAAGAGGCGAUCUGUCGCCGGGUCAUUUCUCUUCAAAAUCCCCGACGGUCUUGACAAGCCAGUUCAAGUCGCCCUGUUCAGACGUAGUGGAAAGGUUAGCACCUACCAACAUAAACUGGCGCCUAUAUCUGGUAGUGUCGAAAAGAACGACGCAAGCCCAUAUGCUACAGCGUUGCGGGAGAUCAACGAGGAGACUGGUCUCACUCUCUCUUCGAUCGAACUUCUUCGAGUUGGCAAGCCUUACACCUUUAUCGAUGAAUCUAUCGGUCGUGAGUGGACUAUUAACCCCUUCGGCUUCCGCCUUAAAGAAAAGAUCGAAGGAGGCAAAGGUGAAGAUGGAAUCACAAUCGACUGGGAGCACGAUGGAUUUCAAUGGUUUGACCCUUUACAAGUAAGGGAAUCGGACGAAUUUGGUGGCGUGCCAAAACUCGUAAAUAGCCUGCGUAGGGUAUGGCCCGAGUAUGAUCUAGGACGCCACGCGGGUAAGGCCUUCACAUUCGGCUUACAGAGGCUACGGGACGAUCACGAAAGUGGCGCUAGGCAGCUCGCCGAAAAAGCACUUUCUAUCCUAAAAACUCUGAUCUUGGAAAUGAAACCCGACGUUAUCGAUGAUACCUGGUGGGCGAAUGUUCGGAUGGCCGCGUGGCAUAUUUGCAAGGCCCGCGAGAGUAUGGGCGCCGCAAUUACAACUGCCAUCGUCAAAGCCCUCGAUCAGAUCGAGGCCGUGAUUAAUCAAGAUAUUCCGCCACCAGAAAAGCUCCGGCAGAUGAUCGAAUCUAUUGAUGACCAGCUGACCCGGCGUAAGUCCACGACCGACUAUAUCCGCGAUACAUUUAUCAACUAUCUCCGUCAGAAUGUCAUCAAAACUACAGAGCCGAAGAAGACGAUCCGCGUCCUAACCCUAUCCUCGAGCUCUACAAUAUCGGCAUGUCUAUUACAGGCCGCUGCCAACUUGGGUGUCUCGCUCGACCUUCGUAUCUUGGAAUCAAGACCCCUCUGCGAAGGUGUGGCCCUGGCCUCAAAGUUACUCAAACUUCGUGACGAAUCCAUAGACUUUACUGUGACGCUAUAUACAGACGCUUCGAUGGCUCUGGCGGCCGACGCAGUUGAUGUCGUUGUGCUCGGUGCCGAUCGCAUCAGUGCUACAGGCGAUGUCAGCAAUAAAAUCGGAUCGUUGCCCGUUGUUCUAAGCCAAAGGCAUGUCGCCCCCAAUGCAAAAGUAGUAAUACUAAGCGAAACCGAGAAGAUAGCCUGUCCAGGCCUGGCGGAGGAGCACACGGUAGAAGACAACGACCCAGCGGAGGUGACGCAAGCUUGGAGGAAGGACGCUAAAAGUUUUGAAGUUAUAGAAGACGUCCUGACUGAUACUCAGAGCAACGCAACGCGAAAUAUCCAAGUACGCAACACGUAUUUUGAAUGGGUUCCUGCUCACUUUAUACACGGAUACCUCACCGAUGAAGGGCUUUGGUCUGUCCAAGAUAUUGCUAAGAGAUCGAGUUGGAUUGGCGACGAGAUGGACAGAUUCUUUAAGAAUCUUUAGUCUGAUGAGAUGGAGGAUGGCUACGUCAAACUCUCACGUAAUUCGUGUAUUUUAUGGCAUAGUUUGGACAUCGAUGCUCUAUUUGUCUGGCAUGUAUCACAUGCUACUUAUACAGCAAGAGGAUGGUAUCUUAAACGCAUAUCGGCUUACGACGACUACUAUCUAUAUUAGGCAACUGGCAAGGGCAAAUUAGAUCGAGCUGGAUUUGGUGUCGAAAAUUGAGUACCUUGCUGGACGUUAUCGACAUUACAAGUAUAAGCUCUGCCCGCUUCGUAUUGCUAGCAGACAUUUAUUAUAUCUACUAGGUACCUACACCUAAGUAUUUGAAUAAUUCUUCUAGUCGAAUUAC